AUGGCCGCGGUAGUGUGCGGGAGUAAGAGAUCGUUCUUUGAGGAUACCUCGUCGCCAGCAGCUUCUGUCUCUAAGAAGCUCCGGCGUUGCUCGCCUUCAUCUCCUUCGUCUGCUCGUUUCUCUUCGCCAUCGUCUUCUCUCGCUCACCUCGAAGUCCUUUUCCCUCAUAUGGACCCCGAGCUUCUGGAGAGAGCACUGCUAGAAUGUGGCAAAGAUGUAGACAUUGCCAUCAAGAGGCUGCAGGAACUUUGCUUGGGAGCCGCAGGGGCUACAGAGGAAAAGGCAGGUCCUGUUGAAGAAGAGGGCUUAACUGCACAGCUGGGAACAUUGACCAAUGAUGGGGAAGCUGCUGCCGCUGCUACUGUGGCUGUUCAGAAUCCAGCAGCCCCUGAGAAUGUGCCUGUUGAUGGUGCAGAAUGGGUGGACUUGUUUUUGAGGGAGAUGACGAGUUGUACCAGUAUGGAUGAUGCCAAAGCCCGUGCCUCUAGGCUUUUGGAGGUUGUGGAGAAGUCCAUUAGUAGAUCGGCAGCACAAAGUUUUGAGAAAGAAAAUAUCAUGUUAAGAGAAGAAAAUACAGUCCUCAAACGAGCGGUGGUAAUGCAGCAUGAGCGUCAGAAGGAGUAUCAAGACAAAGUGCAUGAAUUGCAACAUCUGAGACACCAACUGUCUCAGUAUCAGGAGCAGUUGCGAAAUUUAGAGGUAAAUAACUACGCCUUAACCAUGCAUUUGAGACAGGCACAGCAAAAUAGCUCCAUUCCAGGGCGUUUCCACCCAGACGUCUUCUAA